AUGGCUUUGUACUCGAUGCGUCACUCUAGUCAAUGUGUGCAGAUCGUCCCUGAGCAGCAUCGUCCUGAUCAUUCUAGGGUGGCUCUGUACUCGAUAGCACCAUUCCAAACCUUCCGAGAUAAUAACAACUUCGAUGUUUCGGAUGACACUGGCCGGAAGAAGUUCUCGGUGUGGGCGUACGAAGAGCUGGAGAAGGGAAGAAACAUCAAGAGCGCCAUGGACAAGAGGCUCUCCGAGCAGGACGUGGACAUGGAGCAGCUGGAGAGGGCGCUACUGGUGAGCUUAUGGUGCAUCCAGGAGCAGCCCUCGCAGAGACCGUCGAUGGGGAAGGUUGUGCAGAUGCUGGAAGGGGUUUCGGCCAUAGACAGGCCUCCGGCUCCGAAGGCCGCAGAUGGUGGCUUGGCGGCUGUCACUAGCAGCAGCGCGAACACCAGCAUCACCGUUUUCGCUACGUCAUCUCCGCUUCAGCCUUCAUCGGGCUCAUCGUAUUCGAUUGCAAACUCACCAUUGGUUUCCAAGAGGAACUUAGUCAUACCUGGUCGUCCCAGACCAAUCUUCCUCGCACAAUGUUAUCGAGACACGAGGUGUUGGAUUGUAUGA